UUUGAAACAGAAAAAUAACAACAAAUACUAAAUAUAGAACCUUGUUUCUCUGUCAACUACAUGUUCCAAUUUAGUCACUUUCAGAAAAAACAAUCCCCCAAAAUAGAAAUUUCCUACCAAACUUCUCCAAUUCUUAUCUCUUACGUUUCAUAAUUGUAUUCCUUAUGAGUCAUAUAUAAACGCACAUAGAUUAUAUCUCUAUCUAUGUGUUAUUGCUAGGAAACUUUGUGUGUAGAAAAAGAUUGAGAUUGGUUCUUUGAGUAAAAGUAUGAAGAGCAUGAAGAUAAACAACAAUUAUGAAAGCUUUGAACUAAAGGGUAACCUAAUUCAUAGCCAAGUUAUGAAGAUCAAACAAGAAUCGGAGAAAAUCUAUGAUUGGUCAUUUGGACAACCUGAAAUAAAGCCUGUUCUAAGAGAGAUUUCCCGGCAUAUUUCCCGGUCACCGUUGGGAAUUUCCGGCCAACCCAUUUCAUGUGAGGAUUCAUAGAGUCAGAAUAUGAUGAUGAUUAGGCUUUUGAUUAGCGUUAUGAUGAUGUAUAGAAAUUGUGGAGGGAGGAUUUGUACGCUUCCCCUUUAUUUCUCUAUGUUUCACUCUGUUUUUUAAUCAGAGA